UGCACCAGCCGCCAUGGAGACCCUGUCCCAGGACUCUCUCCUGGAGUGCCAGAUUUGCUUCAACUACUACAGCCCGCGCCGGCGGCCCAAGCUGCUGGACUGCAAGCACACCUGCUGCUCUGUGUGCCUGCAGCAGAUGAGGACCAGCCAGAAGGACCUGCGGUGCCCCUGGUGCCGCGGAAUCACCAAGCUGCCGCCGGGCUACUCUGUGUCGCAGCUGCCUGAUGACCCCGAGGUGAUCGCCGUCAUCGCGAUCCCUCACACCUCGGAGCACACCCCUGUCUUCAUCAAACUGCCCAGCAAUGGGUGCUACAUGCUGCCCUUGCCCCUCUCCAAGCAGCCACUGCAGGGUGGCCUUCCCACCGAGGGGGGAACGGAGGAGCCGGACCGCAGAGGCGUUGUGAAAAGCUCCACCUGGUCGGGUGUUUGCACUGUGAUCCUGGUAGCCUGCGUCCUGGUCUUUCUCCUCGGCAUCGUCCUCCACAACAUGUCGUGCAUUUCCAAGCGCUUCACGGUGAUCUCCUGUGGCUGAGGCGGGGAGAGGGUUGUGCUCCCCCGGGGGUUGGGUUGGGUCAGUGGUGGUGGUGGUGGUGGUGAUGGUGGUGGUGGGAUGGAGCGAGACAGUUCACCGCAGCUUUGCCCAAUGACUG